UGAGGCAUUUCUCGAUCAGCUGAUUCAAUGGUUCGUGCCCUGCAAGAUGGUGGCAAGAUGGCAAGUGGCAUAGUGCGUUGUUUGCAGAUUUCGAGGAGGCAAUUAGGUCUCCUCGGAUCUAGUUUGAGCAGCCAGCAGAGAACGUUCGCCGAUGCCGCCCCUGAAGGAAAAAAACAGGGUUCACCUCUGUCCGAUGAGGAUCGUGUCUUUACAAACCUAUACGGCAGACAUGACUGGCGGUUGAAAGGUGCCAUGAGCCGUGGCGACUGGUACAAAACUAAGGAGAUAUUGGACAAAGGCAGCGAUUGGAUCAUCAACGAGAUCAAAAUUUCCGGCUUGAGAGGUCGCGGUGGAGCCGGCUUUCCUUCUGGGAUGAAAUGGUCCUUCAUGAACAAGCCAGCGGAUGGCAGACCCAAGUAUCUGGUGAUCAACGGCGACGAGGGUGAACCGGGAACAUGUAAGGAUCGCGAGAUUCUGCGACACGAUCCGCACAAGCUCGUGGAGGGCUGUUUGAUUGCCGGUCGUGCUAUGGGUGCCUGUGCCGCUUAUAUUUAUAUUCGUGGUGAAUUUUACAACGAGGCGUCCAACAUGCAAGUCGCCGUAGCCGAAGCUUAUCAAGCUGGUCUGAUCGGAAAGAACUCCUGUGGCUCUGGAUAUGAUUUCGAUAUCUUUAUUGUACGAGGAGCGGGCGCGUACAUUUGCGGCGAGGAGACCGCUCUUAUCGAAUCCAUCGAGGGCAAGCAAGGCAAACCGAGACUAAAACCACCCUUCCCGGCCGAUGUCGGGGUAUUUGGAUGUCCUACGACUGUUACUAAUGUCGAAACUGUAGCAGUCGCGCCUACAAUUUGUCGCCGAGGUGGAGCAUGGUUUGCUUCAUUUGGUCGCCCACGCAAUCAUGGAACUAAGCUUUUUAACAUCUCUGGACACGUAAACAAUCCUUGUACUGUCGAGGAGGAAAUGUCCAUCCCUUUAAGAGAACUCAUUGACAGGCAUGCAGGAGGUGUAAUCGGGGGAUGGGAUAAUUUACUAGGUGUCAUUCCUGGAGGCUCUUCAACUCCCGUCAUUCCCAAGAGUGCGUGCGACACCGUGUUGCUGGACUUUGAUGACCUUAUCAGAGUGCAAAGCUCGUUCGGCACGGCCGCGGUAAUUGUGAUGAAUAAGCAGACGGAUAUAAUCAAAGCUAUCACUCGUUUGAUAAGCUUCUACAAGCACGAAUCAUGUGGGCAAUGCACACCUUGUCGGGAGGGUAUCAGUUGGAUGUUUAAAAUACUAAAGAGGUUCGUCGAUGGUAACGCCGAAGUGCACGAGAUAGAUAUGCUAUGGGAGCUUACAAAACAAAUAGAACUGCACACAAUCUGCGCUCUGGCGGACGGCGCCGCGUGGCCUGUACAAGGUUUAAUCAGACAUUUUAGGCCAGAGAUCGAGGCGCGCUUGAAAGAACAAAAGCGUGCCAUGUCCAAUUGAAAAAUCGAGCAGCAUAGGAACCGGAGAUUAAUAUGUAAUAGAGAAAAAAAAAUAUUUAGAGCAAUCCCGGUAAGAUUUUAUAUAUUUAUUUUCAGUGUAUAUAAGUGAAUUUACAUGCGAUAGUCACGAUUCUCAUGUAACAAUGUCUUUCGAAUCCGGGCUGAUCGUUCAUCCUGAUGAUUCGAUUAAUAAAAGAAAUAUAAGAGAAA